AUGGGGUUAGGUCCCACAGCUUCCACGUUAUGGGGCACAAGAAAUACCAUUGCAGAACUCAGGAGGGAGACUGAUGAGUUGCGACGACACAUGAAUGAGCGGGUAGAGCAACUAGUGGAGGAGCGGAUAAAAGAACAAAUGGCUAAGCAUCUAGAGCAAAUGGAGCAACGGAUGACAGAGCGAAUAAUGGAGCAGAUGGAGCAACGGAUGACAGAGCGAAUAACAGAGCAGAUAAUGGCACGAAUGAGAGAUACUAUGAACUCAUUGGCUGCAACAGACCAAACUUCGGGCAAUACUGCCUUUGCAUUUGGCAAUAUCUUCAUGCAGUUUAGUGUUUUUUGGUCAUUUGGCAAAGAGCUUGGUGCCCAUGCUUCAUUUUCAGGUAUUGCAGUCUCCAAUAUGGAUGUUCUACUUUUGAUUGCUUUACCUCUUAGAGUUACGGUUAGGAAUUCGGAUAAGAUUCCAGCAAAACAGAGCAAGCCUGCAUUGCAGGUGUUAUCCACUGGCGAUUCACCACUGACUUCCAAAUCUAAAGCGACCUCAGCCCGUGCAUCAAGUGCAGCUAAAUGCAGUAGGCCUGUUGCAUGCAAAGUAAAGACCUGGAGUGGGAAGUUAGGUCCUUUGUUUCCUCCUGAUGGCAAAUCUAUUGUGGUGGUGGAGUCUGUUGCGAAAGCAAGUGUUAUUCAGAAAUACCUUGGAGAUAUAUUUGAAGUCCUUCCUAGUUAUGGCCAUGUGAGGGACUUGGCUGGUAGGUCAGGAUCUAUACGGCCUGAUGAUGAUUUCAGCAUGGUUUGGGAGGUUCCGACUGCUGCCUGGACUCAUCUUAAGAGCAUUAAGGUAGCACUAAAGGGAGCUAAAAAUCUUAUACUUGCAUCUGAUCCUGAUCGUGAAGGAGAGGCAAUUGCUUGGCACAUUUCUGAGAUGUUGCAACAGCAAGAUGCUUUAAAUGAAGGCAUUACCAUAGCAAGGGUCAUCUUUCAUGAAAUAACUGAAUCAUCCAUUAAAAGUUGUGAGAGUCAGCGGUUGUCGAGGUCGAGCUCGCAUCUGGAAUUUGGAGCGUCUGAUGGAAUCGAAGACGAAUACUCUGACGAAUUUACGCUUUUGAGGUUCGAAAAUGAAGGGCAUGAAGAGAGCUACAAAAAGCUCAGGAAUAGGGAGAGGAGACACGAGUAUCAGCACGACUAUGCUGAGGAAUACGGCCCGACAACAGAGCACGGAGAUGUCAUGCUCCAGCAGCGGCUGCUGAUGGUGAACUGGAUAAUCGAGAAACGUGAGUCGCAAUCAACUUCAGGGCGAAUUGGGUGGCCAAUUUGGUGGACAACUAACUGGUCUCUCGACAUUAUACACUGUAGAAGCCUUAGAGAUGCUGUUGUUGCCCAUGGCAAAAGAUGGUAUUGA